AUGCUGGUCAACUGUGGUCCGUUAUCGGACUUUACACAAGCGCGAUAUGUGAUCCAUCUUUCCUCAGGGAAGCGACUCGUGCUCUUUCGCCUUCCGGCCAUCGACCCGGCUUGUUCCAAACCCAACGAAGCCGAAGGAUGGUCCUACUUCUCCAUGGAGGCCGAGUGCCCCCAUGCGGGCGGACCGAUGGCUGACUCUAGUGUGGAUAUCGAGGACUCGGCAUAUGUUGUUUCUUGCCCAUGGCACGCCUACGACUUCAAUGUGGAGACGGGUGAAUCGAGCGUUGGCAUUAAGGCUUGUACUUUUCCCGUUGAUGUUCGGGAUGGUUCCGUCACGGUAGAUUUCCCAGUCGAAUAUGGCGAGACCAUCGGUCUUGGAAGAAUCGAACCCGUGAGCGAGAAAGUCAAGUUGAAGAACCCACUCCCACCAACCAAACAGAGCAAGUCAGAGAAACCUGAUAAGCAAGAGACGCAUGUCUUUGUUCCCGAAGACGCAGGCCCGGCUCAUUACCUGGAUGAAAAGGCGACAUUCUGCGACUGGGCAGUUCAUAUUUUGAACACUGCUAAUCCUGAACACAAGAUUGAACUGACGACACAUCUGUUCACGAUCUUCACCGGCCGAGAGGCGGGCGGUAAUCCGAUGGAACUCGGUCGAGGGAAACUCCUGGCGCCUGAUCAACCUCCGCGUGAAAAGAUGGUCGAGGUCGAGCCUGGUGCCAUGCCUCGUACAGGAAAGGGCGGGACAUUGAAGAGCCGAAUCGCCAUGCUACACGCCUUAGCCAAUAUCGAACUAUGGGCCAUCGACCUGGCAAUCGAUAUCUGCGUCCGCUUCGCAACAUUUCAUACUGAAGGAUCCUCGCAAGAAUUACCGCGGGCCUUCUUCCACGAUUGGCUUAAAGUAGCAAGCGAUGAAGCGAAACAUUUCUCACUGCUUCGCACCCGAAUCGAAGAAUUGGGUUCUUAUUUCGGUGCCCUCCCAGUCCACCACGGUCUAUGGCGAUCUGCGCUCGAGACUGCGCAUGAUCUUCGUUCUCGAAUCAGUAUCAUCGCCUUGGUCCAUGAGGCCCGUGGUCUGGACGUGAAUCCUAUGACUAUUCAGAAGUUCCGCGUCGCCGGCGAUAGCGAGAGCGUGCAGUCACUGGAGAUCAUUCACAACGACGAAAUCACACACGUUACCACCGGCCACCGAUGGCUGACUUGGAUUUGUGCCCAGGAAGGUACCGAUCCCGUCCAGGUGUUCCGUGCCAAUGUCCAGAAGCACUUCCGUGGUGCCAUUCGCGGUCCUUUUAACGAGGAGGCUCGUUUGCAGGCAGGCAUGGACCGCCGAUAUUAUGAAGACAAACCGACGACUAGUUCUGGAGUCGCCGCUAAUUAA